AAAAAAUAACACAAGUGAUUAUCCCCAGUAUUAAGUCAAGAAAGCAUGCUCAAUAUAUUUGUAAUUCAAGGUGACCUUGUAGAGGUAUUCUAUACAGAGUGUUUCUACAACAACAGCAACAAGUAUCUUCUCCUAUUUGAAGUAUUUUUCGAAAACUCAAAAUAUCCGAGUUACUGACUGAAGUAAGGGAGGUAGCUUAUAUAUAACAUCAAGGCUACUCUUUCUUGUCAUCAGUAUCUCGGUUAUCCGGAUCAGUUACUUGCUUAUUUCAGUUCUUCGAAUAGAUUUAGAUGUUGUCUACUUACAGAUUGUACUACUAGUAGACUUAUAUGUCCUUUCCUAGUCCUAAAUCCAAUUGUAUGAAGAAGUAACUGGUGCUGGUAGGAUUAGGACCCCACUACGUCGCUAGCACGUCACAAUUCAUCUAAAGUUAUUAUUUUUGUUCAUUGAAGUCAGAUCUGAUCCUCGCCCUUGAUGUUACCCCAUAAUAGUGAUUCAUUUUCAUGCUUCUGAUGUAAUAAAAGAGUGGUCGUUGUUCGAAAGUAUUGAAACUUGCGCAGUAGAGGUGCUAAGUAUUUCAAAUAUGAAUUUCCCAGUCUACUUGAAAGCGUAGUAAAAGUUGAUCUGAUGAUGACGUUAAUCUACUCGGCGAUCUGCCUGAGAUUUCCCCGACGUUAUCUGUAGUAGGUAUUUUUCAUUUCAUCAUAAAUAUACUAGGCUUCAACAUCGAAAUCUGUGCAUCGAAUGAUUUCCAAGCACGUAGUAGUUCUUCCACGACCUACAAGCUCAAGCUCGUAUAUAACUAAUGCUAGUAUACAACUAUAAAACUUGUAAGUACUAAAAACUCCUAAUUUUGAAGGAGUAGACUUUCAUCCUCUUCAUCGAACACAGGAGUAAAGUCCCAGUCUUACGCGAUCUCUGAAUUCAAAUGCAUACUUAAUGAAAGAUCACACCUAGGUUUCUGACUGCGCACAACAAGGAAAUAAAAACUAACAAAUAUUAAACCGAAUGAAGUUGUCGUGUCUUUGUCUUGAUCUUUGUUGAUCUUAUUCGUGAUCCUUUCAUAAAAUUAAAUUUUUUGGUGGUCUCCGUCUCUUGCACGACGUAGUUGCUUGCUUCGAUCGGCUCCGACAAAACGUGCUGUGCAGCUACGGAGUUUCGAUCCAACGAUUGCGCUGUUGCCGCGGAAGUCGAUUAAAAUUGAGCCGAGUGCAACGAACCUGGAAACGAACCUGAAGCAAAAGGAAAACGACCUGGAAACGAACGCUACCGCCAUCACGACACAGACAAGAUGCGUGGUCGCGGAACAUCAACGUCCUACUGGUCCUCAGGACCACCUGGCGCUGCCCCUGGGUUCCAGGCGAAGCGGAAUAGCGGAAACUUGAACAACUUUCACCAACAGCAGAUGCAGAACAAUAGCGGAGGUAGUUACAACUACAACAAUUACAACAACUUGCAGAACAUGAAUAGUGCACCAGGUGGUGGAUACAACCAGAAUAACGUAGUAGGAGGUUAUCAACACCAAGGAGGAAUGGGUGGGAUGGGUAUGGGACAUCCAGGAAGUGGAGGUCAACACUACCCAGGUCCAGGAAGUGGAAGUCAGAAGUCGUCUUACUUUGGUACUUCCUAUAACCAGCAACAGCAGACCAGUAGUUACCAUCAGCAGAGUAGUUACCAUCCAACAUCUUCGGUAAGUUACCAAGGCCACCAGAGAACUGAUAUUAAGGCUUCACCAGGUAAUCCAUCUCCAGAAGCAUCUUGGGACCUUCCUCUAAGGGAAAAGCAAGCCCAAGAUGGCGCUGAAGAUGGAUGAUUCCAGGAAGCUCUAAUGAUAGUUACUCCCAUAAUAGCAGUGGCGGAGGAUACCACACUACUAGUGGAGGCAAUAACCCAGCUCCAGGCAACUAUCACAACAGAACCAGAAGCUGGAUUAUGACCUCCACUACAGAAGGAGAAGGCGGCCAACACCAGAAGGAGAGCCAGUUGUAUAGUAGUACUACUUCCCAGCAUGGUAAUGGUUAUGGUCAACAUUUAGUGUCCAUCAUUCUCGGCAUCUUGGUCCCCUUUUCCCUUGUAUUCUCGUGAAAUACAAGGUAAAAGAGGUCAAGAUGAGGGGGCCGAGAUGCAAUCUACCAGACUCUAAAAUGGUAGUAGCUCUGGAGGAGCUGCAGCGAACAACCGGCAAACUGGUGCCUCAAGACGCGUACGCGGAGAGCAGCAUUUAUUCGUAGAGGAGGCGCAGGUGGUGUUAGACCUGAAGGAGUCGCGGUUUCGGGCACGUGAUUUGGAACGCUGGUCCGAUAUCACCUUGACAGAAAGUACUAAAAAUUUUUACAGUGUUUCUUUCCAUCUUUACCAUAGUUAGAGCAUUGACAUAGUUACUUCCUUCAACUAAGACGAAGGCGUAGCUACUCAACCUGAUGAUGUGUUGAUUGGUUGUAGCUCUCGCAAGACCUGAUGCCGUGGCGUAUUAAUUGUUACACCCCGCUGCUAUGGGCAUGACCAUGAGCUUUAAUGGUAACGUGUGUCGUGGUGUAACAAUUAUUACAGCCUGACAGCCUGAGCAAAAGCACAGCACGCACAGAUGAUAUGGGUAUGAUCUAAUCACUUGAUAUUUCCAGCAGGGAUUCUUGUUACUAAUUGCAACCAAUUACCAACGCGACCAGAUAACCUCUCUCUCGACCCGAGUAGUUACGAGCGUGUCACGGUGAAUUUGGAAAGCAAUUUCCUCGGUCCUAAGGGCGACGGUGUAGCUUAUUUCUUGUCGAAGUUGCCCUUGGCUUCUCCCUCUAGUUAAGGCUCAAAAGAAUUCAUUUCUACAAGUCAUUUCUUGCAGUUUCCUUCUUGGGAUUCUGAAGAAAUGCAGGCAAGAAAUGAAACGUUUUGAGCUCUAAUCUAGCCUUGUUUUAGGGACUUCGACUUCGCGGAAGAGUGCUCGAGCCACCGUUUCCUUAGCUCAUAAUGGGUUUACUACUCGUGCGCGAGACUUGGUUUUGAACGUCAUCGGCAGUGGGAUGUUCGUGGAGAUUGACGUUUCGCACAACUUCUUCGAGGAUGAUGAUUUAAUUGCGUUUGUCCAGAGAGCUGUGAACUGCGGGUUUUACUAUGCUGGAGCAUCUAAAAAUAGUGGAGCAUCUUCGGGAGGAACGUUGUUGAACACACCAAAUACGAAUGCUUCAACGAAUGGAACACCUCCAAAUGUUGUUCUUGAUGUUGAACAAGUGACCGGCGGGACACGACCUGAAACAUCCAACAAGAACGGGAGUACUAUCUCCUCCGCCACAGCUACACCCGGUCGCGGAGUAGAUGCAAGCGACCUAACCACGACUAACCCCGCGUCCGCGGAUGAAUCGGCCACCGAACAGACUAGAGGACAUCUCACGCCAAACAAGGACUUACAGUCACCUACGUCGUUGACGGGGGGUACGAGUAGUGAGGAACAUGGCGACGGCAUUUUGGCUGGGACGCCAGAAACGUCAGCCUCCUCAAACUUGCCAGAUGUUGUAGAGGGCAGGACUAUGAUGGCCAUGACUGCGGGAAAGAGUGCCGCGGGGAAUGAGGAUGGUACCUGGUUAUCAGAACUACUUACUGAUGUAUCGACGUGGUGCUGGUGUUGAAUUAGUUGUAUAAUUUUGCGAUAAUAUUUUCGUGAGUUCAUGAUCUAUGUAUGGUUCCCUGAGUUUGAUCCUAAGGGUUCUCUUCUUGUUUUCCCUUAUGAUCAAAUUCAGGUUACCAAAUGCCGGAACCAUUCAAUCUACUUAUUGGUCCCAAAAGCAAAACCAAUGAUCAUCAUAUCAAUCUCUUUUCACAAUCACAACAGCCCCCACGACAAGCACCCCGCCACCUGGUAUUUCCACUGCAAGCUCCGGAAGAACCCUGCGUCUCCGAAUCGACAGCAAUAGUCCUGAGUCUGAGGUGAUUUGUUUGCAGAGGCUCCGAGACACCUUCGGCUUGCAGAUUCACCUCGCUAGUCCUAGUAGUACUAUAAUUACAACUACUGAGUCAGUAAGUGGUACUGCUACUGGUCCAACAGUUUCCGACUCCGCUGUUGUGAUCAUAGACGGUCGUUUCGGACAGGGCUUGCCUAGACGUCCACCAGCCAUGCAGCCCGAGUCUUGGCGUGCUAGUGCGGGUAGCUACAGUGGCUAUUCGUCCAGUGUUCAUCCUCAUUCAGGGUCAGCUCAGAACGGCCUGUCUAGCGGUUACAGCACUGCUACUGGUGGUUACAAUAGCUCAUCAUCCUACGGCAGUCCAGGUCAACACCAUGGGCAACAACUUCAACAUCAGUAUCAGCCAGCAGGAGCCGGUGUUGUUGUACAAGGCCAACAGCAGCAGCACUAUCCUGGAGGUAGUCAGGGAAGUGCGCCAUCCUCUUUACAGGGAGGACAACAACAGCAACAACACGGUCCAUCAUACGGUGCGGGAAGUGGCUAUCAUGCAACUGCUACUCCUGCAGGUUACAGGUCUGACAGAGACAUGCAGUGGAGGUUGCCGCCGCCACCUCCACCUUCGGGUCCGCCGCCUAGUGGGCCACCACCGCCUGGGCCACCACCGCAACAGACGCCAAUGCAACAAGCAGCGAUACAGCACGCGCCACCGCAAUUGUACUUCUACUUUAUUUUGUACUAACGGAGUUGCAACUGAUAGUUAUGAUUUUGAUUACUUACUUGUCUUCACUUGGUGACCGGGACGACAAGAAGUAGAAACAUCACAUGGCUCGUCGUUUUUGUUGCUACAUACGGAGAUGCUAAUGCUCAGAUUGAUGAAUGACACAUAGAAGUACAAGCAUCUAAUAUGGUUAGAAUGAAUAAUACAGAUACACUAGAUCUAGAUACACUUACACACAUGUACAUUUGGCAUCCUCAAAACUAAUAUGAUCAACAGAACAUUCACUGGUGACGAUCUUUCGCGCAGAAUCGCAGAGUUAGAGGCCAAUCCGGAGAGGCGUUACCGUGGCAAGCUUAAGAUCUGGAAUGCGACAAGGCAGGGAGGGUACUUCUCGUUUUUUCUCUCAACAACUCGACUAAGCAGGGAACGUACUUACUUCUCGUUUUUUCUCUCAACAACUCGACUAAGCAGGGAGGGUACUUCUCGUUUUUUCUCUCAACAAUGCUGUCUUGGUGAAGAUCAUCAGUGA